AAGAAAAACAAAACCAAGAAGCAAAGCUGCCAAAUAAGACUAGAAGUUUGGAAAAAUCCAUCCUAGAUACCUCAGCAAAUGCAAACAAAACAGUAGGUUUUAAUAAAAACUAUGUUGAAACAUGUCAGAAACUGCCAAAACAACUAAAACAAACAGAACAUGUGCUACAAAAUAGUUAUAUAGAAUAUGAUAACAACAAAACACAAGGUAUAAGUCAUGUGACUAAGGAAACAGGUUCCCAACCAAGACCAAAACAAUGGUCAGAAUUGUUCUUCAAAUAA